UGUCUUUUCAAAUUUUAAAAUUACUACCCCUAAAUAUGAACCACCAGCACCAACUCCUACACUCCCUGCUCUCCUCCACCACAGACUCCUUCCUCAGUACCCUCCUCACCUCCCUCCAUCCCUCUCUCACACACCCUGACUCCUCCCUCCCCCAAGCCCUUUCCAAAUUCCUCUCAGAAAAAUACCUAAUCUACCUCACUUUACUCCAAAAAUUCCAAAUCCCCUUAACAAAAACAGGCAAAAUCCUCCGAAUCCAAGCAGAAACCCACUCAAAAUCCCUAAAAAUUCUUCAAAAAUCACAUAAAAAUUACCAAAUUUUAUGGAAUUUUACUCUAAAUUUCAUAAAAAUCUCAAGUUUUGACUAUUCAGAAAUUUCCACGAAGGAAUUUAGAAGCCUCAAGAAGGAAAUUGAGAAGCUGAAAUAUAGGGUUCUGGCUGCAGUAGAGACAGGAUUUUGGGACAAGGCUGAAGAAGAGGUGGAAGGAUUAGUAGGGAUUUAUAGCCAGUGGGAAAGUGAUUUUGGGAAGAGCGAGAGCGAGCAGACUGCAAGUGUAAUGGUGCAGACUGAAGAUAUUGGGGAUUUUAGUGGGAGGAUGGAGGUGGGCAAGUGACAAGGGAAGAUUUUGAGGGAGAGCAAACAGGAUUAUGGCGAGCUGAUUAGGACGGUAAGGAAGAAAAGAGCAAACAAGUCUUAUGUCUCGGAGAUAAGUCUGGAGUGAAUUGAGCAUAUGAGCGCUGGGAUUUAUGAAGCGAAUGGAGAGUUUAGUAGCUCAGCUCUGUUUGAUAAGCAUAAGGAUAAGAGGUUCUCACAAGAAAAUCAAGUAGUGAAGAAGAUUAAGAAGCAGAGAAUGAGUACUCUUCAAAGAACUUCCUCUGUUCAUUGAGCUAUUGAGCCACUCUCAAAAACAUCUGAAACAGAAGUUAGUCUAGAACUCUCAACUGUAUCAAAUAGCAAAGAGAGAAAAAUAAAUAAAAGAAAAAGGAAAUCAAUCAGAAAGAAAUGUGGAUCAAAUUCUUUUCUUGGUUCAGUCACCAGACAGAAAGCUAGAAUGACCAUAAAGAAGAAUAGUCCUGACAAAAAUGAAAUAGAUUCUUCUGAAUUAGAAUCAGCUUUAUCAAGAGUUGUAGAGGAGAACAAGUCUGCUUGAAGAUGUAGCAGUAAGAAAUCCCAUAGAUCAUUUGAAAAGUGACCUCUUAACAAACCUUCUUUUCAAAGGGAGGAUGACUCUAACUCUAAGUUUAAUCACCAAUCAAAUCCAAAAGGGCUAAACCCCAACGUCUGAUAUCGGGAUCAAAAUGGGAAGGAUAAAAUCCUCGUGCCAAAUACUCCUACUAAGAUUGGAUUUAAGAGGCUUAAAAUAUCCGAAGAAUUUGAAUUCUAACACACUAAUUAAUCCUAAAUCGAUCUCAGUGCAUUCCAAUAUUAGUGAGAUUUCUA